AUGGCUACUGAGGUUUGCCCUCCUCCGGCCCCGCCGCCACCAUGGUCGCCUCAAGAGCGCACACAACUAACGCCCUCCAACAGCAAGACCUUCCUCGCCCGCCUCUGCGAGCAGGCCGAGCGCUACGAUGAGAUGGUCACCUACAUGAAGGAGGUGGCCAAGAUUGGCGGCGAGCUCACCGUCGACGAGCGCAACCUGCUCUCCGUCGCCUACAAGAACGUUGUCGGCACCCGCCGUGCCUCGUGGCGCAUCAUCUCCUCCAUUGAGCAGAAGGAGGAGUCUAAGGGCACCGACAAGCACGUCCCUACCAUCAAGGACUACCGCCAGAAGAUCGAGACCGAGCUCGAGAAGGUCUGCCAGGAUGUCCUUGACGUUCUUGACGAGAGCCUUAUUCCGAAUUCCGCCACUGGCGAGUCCAAGGUCUUCUACCACAAGAUGAAGGGUGACUACCACCGCUACCUUGCCGAGUUUGCCUCUGGCGAGAAGCGCAAGGUUGCUGCCACCGCUGCCCACGAUGCUUACAAGCCGCAGAACGCUACCGACGUGGCCCAGACUGAGCUCACACCCACUCACCCCAUCCGCCUGGGUCUUGCCCUUAACUUCUCCGUCUUCUACUAUGAGAUUCUCAACUCGCCCGACCGUGCUUGCCACCUCGCCAAGCAGGCCUUUGACGAUGCCAUUGCCGAGCUCGACUCAUUGUCCGAGGAGUCGUACCGCGACAGCACUCUUAUUAUGCAACUUCUCCGUGAUAACCUGACCCUGUGGACCUCUUCUGACACGGCCGACGCCGAGGCCAGCGCCGAUGCCCCCAAGAAGGACGAGGCCGCCGCCCCCGCCGCCCCCGCCGAGGCCGAGAAGCCUGCCGAGGAGGCUACGACUGACGCGGCCGCCACUACCACUGCCCCUGCCUCCUAA